AUGCAUAUAAAUAUAUACCACAAGGUUAAACUUUGAUUGAGUAUUAUGAAUACAUACGCUAUAUACGCUAGUUGCAAGUGUAACAAUUAAAGUCAGCAAAACCUCUAACUAGCAUCGGGUGGAGACGAGUUGAAAGACAUUAUUUCCAAGCACGAUAACGAUACAAACUUUAUACCUACUUCAACGCCCUUUGUUAGCAAAAAAACGCUGCAUUUUUCGCGAGGUCAACCAAUGACCGCAACCGAAAGUUCAAAGCAGAAUAUUCCCAAAUCAAUGGAAUCCUCAAGGCUUUAAAAGCGAAAGGAGUGAGCUUAAGGGGUGCUGAAAGUAUAUGUAUCCUCACUGAGAGAGGCAAUGGACAUCAGCACCGUGCAGAGUCAAGAGCAGUCUUCAGACACUUGAAUGGUAUAGAUAUGGUUUUCUGCAGCGAUGCUACCCGUUUAACAAGAAACUAUGAUGACAGGAGCUUCCUGAAGGAGGUAUUCUCCAGCAAAGCUCUCUUUGUUUUGAUCGACGAUGACGUCAAGCAGGUUGUUUUUGAUGACCUGGACAAUAUUCAGUUCCCGAGAAAGAGACAGUCUAUUAUGAUAUAUUGGACUGCAAUACGAUGAGAAUUGAAUCCUCUGUGUCUUUCUCUUUUAAACGUUGUCAUUUAAAUAUGUAUUCUUUCACAGCUAUACAUUUGCAUACCAU